AUGGCACUAAUUUUGAAAGGAGCUGUUAAGUUGUACUAUUACUUGAAUGAGGAAAUUGCAGAUAAGAGGACUCAAGAUUGGCCUUUAAUCAGCUCACCCUGGCCAGGAUUAGCUCUGUUAAUCCUCUAUUUGUUCGUUGUUUUAAAAUGGUUACCUAAUUACAUGAAGAAUAGGCCAGCGUUUGAUCUUCGUGGUGUGAUAGCAGUAUACAAUGCUUUUCAAAUCGUUUUUUGUGCCUAUGUCGUAUAUUAUAGUUUAACUUUGGGUUGGCUGAACCAUUACUCUCUUUUGUGCCAUCCGGUUGAUUAUGAAGCUCACAGCAUCGAGUAUGCUUGGAAAGUGUGUUUUGGAUACUUUGCUAUAAAGUUAAUUGAUCUUUUAGACACAGUAUUUUUUGUUUUGCGAAAGAAACAGAAUCAAGUCUCAUUCCUGCAUGUCUACCAUCAUUUUGGCAUGGUAGCAGUGGCUUGGGGUGUGGUUAAAUGGGUUCCAGGCGGUCACAUAACAAUGUUGGUAACGGUGAACUCGUUUGUUCACAUAAUAAUGUAUGCAUACUAUCUCCUAACGACAUUGGACGAUUCCUUCAAGAAGUCAAUUUGGUGGAAGAAGUAUGUCACGCAAAUACAAAUUAUACAGUUUAGUUUAUUAUUAGCCCAUUUCAUGGCCCUUGCCUUGGCGUCGGAUUGUCCCUUUCCGCGCGUACCAGCCUACAUUCUCAUUCCGCAGAACCUCUUUAUGGUUAUAUUGUUCUGCGAUUUUUACUAUCGAGCUUAUAUCAAACCAAACAGGAUCACCAAGAGAAAAUGA